CACGAACACGCACGUGGAGGUGCUCGACGGAGCCACCGUCGAGAUGACCUCGGUGCUAGCGUCGACGAAACUCAACAACGUCAAGUUCUGGGUGAGGGAGGGGAACUUCUCGUGCUCCGUACCCAUGCUGGACUGGACGAGCGUCGAGACCUCACCGUUCAUUAACAUCGACCAGGUUGCGGGAGGGGCCGCCAUGAGGAUCGAGCCAGGGAGCACGGCCACUUUCGCCGAGGACGUGACUUUCAGCGCUUGCGAGCUCCCAGUGUUCGGUGGGGGCUCUGAUGGCGCGGCGAUCGCCAACCUGGGCACUCUCUCGUUCCAGGGAACGGCCACGUUCAAAGACACCCCCGAUGGUGGAGCACUGUACACCUGGGGCGAUCUGACCUUCGAAAAGGACGCCAUUUUCGAGAACAACAAGAGCAUCGACGGGGGUGACGGGAACGGUUCCGGGGCCGGGCUGUACUCGGAGCUGGACGGCGAGGUGCUGUUCAUGGGGGCUGCGUACUUCAUCGACAACGAGGUCUACGAGAUGAUCGACAGCGGGGGCAGGGGUGCUGCGUACUACUGCGACCUCCCGACCGUGUUUAAGGGGCCGGUCGUGGUCAGGGGUAACUCGGGGAUGGAGGGCGCGCUGUACCUGAACGGAAAAGUAACUUUCGAGGAUCUCGUAACUGUCGAGGACAACAUUAUGGAGCCCAAGCUCUACGGCGAUCGCUCCGAGGGGGCGAUCAGAUUGGGCAGCUACAGCAAGGUGGACUUCCAAGCAGGCAUCACGGCGACGGGAAACAUCGCGAAGGACGGCGGGGCUCUCUACGUCGACGCGGAAGCUAAGGUCACCAUCUCCGGGCCCGUCACCAUCACAGGGAACGAGGCUCGUAGCUCCGGGGGCGCCAUCUGGAUGGGAGGAGAAUCCCUCAAGCUCCCGGCGGACGCUGACAUCUCGGACAACACCGCCGUUUCCUGCCCCGGUAUCGAGUUCACCGAUGGUGAGGUCGUGUUCGACGGAGGCGAGACCUACACGUCCGCCUCGACUGAGCUGUGCUACUUCGGCACGUCAAUCGACGGGUCGACGCCCACGGACCUGGUGGAGGAAUUCAACUGCGAGGCGUACUCCGAGACUGCUCCCACUUCGAACGACCUUCCGAUCCUGGUAAUCGACACCCAGGAGAUCAAGUCGUGGGACUUCGGGUCUGGCGGGGGCUUCUCAUGCCCGACGCAGAUGAUUGUGUACGUGACCGGUGGAGGAGAGCUGACCGUCACGUCGUCGGCGGCGUCCACUACGAUUGACAACGCCAGGUUCGAGGUCAGCGGCUUCUCCAAGCUCAUCCUCGAUGUGCCCGGACUCACCAUGACCGGCAUCUACCAGUCGCAAGCAGGCGGGGCGCUCUUCGUGGACGUCGGCAGCAGCAUGGAAGUCAUGCACGACAUCACGUUCUUGGGCAACACUGUCGCCAUCAACUACGAGCUCGGGCUCUGGGAGGCGCGUGGCGGUGCCGCCGUGUACUCCGCGGGCACGACGACGUUCUAUGGAACGGCCGACUUCCUGGGCAAUGGGCAGUACGAUGCGGACGCUAACGGUUACGAACCCUCCAACGAGGAUGGUGGCGCGGUCUACAACUCUGGUUCCAUGACGUUCGCCCGUAAGGGCACCUUUUUGGAUAACUUCAACCCCAACGGCGGGAAUGGGGGGGCGGUCGCGAACUUCGGCGACUUGACUUUCAACGUCCGGGGCGUCUUCAAAAACAACUCGGUGGGCGUUGCCUACACUGACGACGGGGACCCGUACGGUGGCCGUGGCGGAGCAGUGUACAACGGAGGAGAUGACAGCACCGUCCUCUUCGGCGGCUUGGUCAUCUUCAGCGACAACGUCGGUGGCACGGCCGGUGCUGCUGUGGCUUCGAAGGGAUCUGACCCUGACGACGACGAUGCUUCCGGUGUCGACAGCAAGGUCACCUUCGAGGACAAAGCCAAGUUCAAGGACAACUACAUCAUCCCCCCCCGCCGGCCAACCAGCAGCAGCGAAUACGUGGUCGACGAAGACAAAGGGGGCGGUGCGCUCGCGGCGCUCGGCAUCACUAGGAUUGACUUCCAGGACACGGCGGUUUUCAAGCGGAACGAGGCCAUCAAGGGCGGCGCCAUCCUCAAUUCGGGUUCGAUAUCCUUCCUUUCAGAAGCGAAGCUCGUUACUGCGGACAACGUAGCUUCCAGCGCGUGCGCCGACAUCCUGAACGACGACAGCGGGGUGGUCAACAUCGGGACGACCACCUUUUUGGGAAGCAGCGACAGUCUUUGCGAGCGCACCGCCGUCUAAGCCUGACGGGCGGAAGUGUUAUUGAGGGAAGGCAGUCGCAUGGGACGGAGGGAUUCCGAGAUGGGGGGAUGUGCGUUCGUG